AUUCUUAUUUUGUUUCAGGUUCUUCUGUAGAAGUUCUUCCAUAUAACAGCAGGCCAUUCUCAGCUUGUCACCAAGAUGUUCUCCAAAUUAAAGUCAUGAAAAGCCAUUCUUUGAUAUGAAUAAGCCCAGAAUUGGCCUCAGCAGAUAGUUGUUACUAAGCAGUACCAAGACGGUUCAGACUGAAAAUCAAGAUGGAGAAAAGGCAUAAAGAAUUGUUGAUACUGCAGCGUGCAAACUUGGUAGAGGACCUGAAUAUGAGGAGUGGGCUCUUCACACAGCUUCUGUGCAGAAAAAUAAUAGAUCAAAGGAUGGUCAGAAAGAUCAAGAAUGGUAAUACAGAAGAUGAACAGGCCGAAGAAUUGUUAGAUUAUUUGCCAAAAUCUGAUCAAGGAGCGAAGACUUUUGACCUUUUCUGCGAGGCCUUGAUAGCAGAUUCUCAAAGCAAUGUUGUUAAGUCUUACCUCAAGCCUGAAAACAAGAAGGAGUCGGAUGAAAACAAGACUGUACAGGAGGCCACGGAGAGUAUAGGAGAUACUUCAUCUCAGGCUGGGGGACAGACAUGUGUGCAUGUAGCAGAGGGUGUAGAGUAUAGGGACGGUGAUCGUUCGGUCGCAAGUCCGAGCCAUGUACCAAACAUUGCUAUCCGAGAAGAGUUUCAGAGUCAGAUGUAUAGGCGGAGUAUUGAACCAAGAGAUUUACAUCAUUCCCUGUCUUCCCCGAACUUGCCAAACAGUUCUGAACAUGAAGCCAGAUUUUUCUAUCAAAAUUCGUUAAGAAAUCCAAAUGCUGUAUACACUGUUUUAAAUGACCGGUGCAUAAACAAAAUGGAAAAAGAAAAACAGCUGUUCAACAUGGGCUUGCCUGUUGCUUCUAUUUCACAAAUUAUGAACGAUUAUCACAUGCAAAACAAUAAUGAUCCAUUGUUAGUAAGAGAUUCGGGAAGUAAAAUACUUCCAAAAUGUGCGUCUUCCAAAGAUUUUUCCCAGAAUGCAUUUGCUCAACCACCACCUGUGUUCGGUUAUUCUCCACAUAAAGAGAUUAAUGUGUCUUCCAUGAAUUCUUCAUUCGGACCCAGUCCUCAAAAAUCAUUUGCCUUUCAUACGAGGGAUCAAACUUAUUCACCAGUAUUACAAGAAAGCAACUUUCUAAGUGCUAAGAAAGGGUAUGGUAUAGGCACAAUUAAGGAAAGAGAAUUAGAAAUAGAAAAUAUUUAUAGUUCUAGUAAGCAAAACGAAAAGCUGUUUAAUGAGAAAAUCGGGUCAUGCUAUGAAGGAUAUGAUGAAAGUAUGCGUCAUAAAGUUUCUGCACCACAAGUCAGUGAAAUCCAUUCCAGUCCAUCCAGAUUUUCUGAUGCUCGUAAUGUUAUGGAGAUGGACAGGUAUAUUGAAGUAAAUAAUAGCAGUGAUGGUAGUCAGCAUCGCAGCAUGAUCUCGUUUCCUCGUCAUGUUACAAUGCUGCCAGUUUCUCACCAUCCAGACCUCCGCAGUGAAGAGUCAUUCAGGGGAGACGAUAGCAGAUCACCAAGGCUAAUGAGAAAUGAUAGUGUUGAUACAAUGCAAAAACGACCAUUAAGUGAAGAAGUCGAAACUGGAGCCAAACGCUUUAGGGAAGAUGUUGAUACAUGCAGUAUACCAAAUUUAGUAAAACCAGAGAAACUCCCUACAUUACGAGUGCUAGAAGCCAGGGAGCAACAAACUAUAAACAUUCCAGUCAUAGAAGAGCCAAGAAAACAGCAUUCCAUGCCAGCAGUUGUUGUAGAAACUGACAAUCACCUUGAGAAAAGUCAGAGGUCGUCAUUACUAGGGGCAAUGGAUGAUCCAGAAAUUGACCUUACUGAUGGACCAAUCAAUGUGAAUGUUGAGCUUAGUACAAGACAGUUCUACAUGACUCACUAUAAACAGGCAUAUGCAAUGAGAAGAAUUCCUCGGGGUAAGGCAUUGAUCAUGAAUGUGAAUGAAGUUGUGGGUAAAUCUGCUCGUAGAGGGACAGACAUCGACCGAGACAAUCUGCAUAAUCUGCUCUGCCAGAUGCACUUUGAUGUCACAGUUUACAAUGAUACUGAUGGACUGACAGCCAUGGAAAUGGUUCAGAAACUACAAGAUUUCUCACAACACACAGGCCAUGCAAGCGGUGACUGUGCUGUAGUGUGUAUACUCAGUCACGGAGAGGAGGGAUAUAUCUUUGGUGCCGACGGCAAGAAGUUUGAGCUGGAUGCAGUCUUCUCAUUGUUUGACAACACAUGUUGUCCACAUCUUAGAGGGAAACCUAAACUGUUCAUUAUACAAGCUUGCAGAGGAGGUGCACUUGAUAGAGGUGUACAGUAUUACCCAGAUGAGCAUGACGGGUCAGACGCUAGAGUUAGACAGGUUCCCUCAAUGUCAGACAUGCUAAUUUGUUACCCGACGCAGAAUGGUUACUAUGCUUGGCGGAAUCGUGAUCGAGGAAGUUGGUAUGUGGAGGCCCUGGUACAAAUCUUUAUGAAGUAUGCUAGAUGUGAGGAUGUAUGUACCAUGCUGAACAGGGUAAAUCUUCUUGUUUCAAAGAAAGUAUCUCACUGUCCAAACAUAGACAUGGACCAGAUGAGCCAGAUGUCGGAAUACAAGAGUACCUUGAGAAUGCCUCACCUGUAUUUCUUCCCUGGAAUUGGAGGCUGCAGCUGAGAAUUACUGCCAGAAAUAUCUUUUAACUUUGUUAAUGGUUUUUGGUUAGAAUCUGGAUUUGAUCUGUAUAUGCAUUUAGAGAACAUUACAAUAAAGGGAUAUGUCGUUAGAAAUACUUUUUUCUUUUCUUUUUUUUUUUUUUGCUUUUGGCAAAACGUAGGAACUACUGUCAUAUGUAUUUGUAAAAUAAAUCCAAAAAAGGUAUCUAGUGUAUUAUAGGCUGUUUAUUUAUGAAAACACACACAUGUGGUCACAUGCAUGUAGUCUGUAAUAUAUAUAAAAAAAAAUGUCAAAAGUUAUGAAUUACAAAGUAAAUUUGUGCAUGUAAUGUAAUGGGCAUUUUACUGUAAUUUGAAUUGUCAUAAACAUCAAUUUAGAUAAAUAUUUUAUGAUUUUUAACAUGCCAUAAACUUAAUCAUAUAUGUUCAGAAUUUCUGAUUUUCUGUAGAUUUCCCUUUAAGGCAAUGUUUUUAUUGCCUCUUUUUUUGUGUGCUAAACUACCAUAUAUUUCUAAGAUUUUAUGUAUCAUAAAGAAAGCUGUGGCCUAGUGCAGCUGCUUAAUAUUUUUUAGGACAGUUUCAGGCAUGUAAGAUGCUCCAAUUCUAGAAACUUACCAGGGUCAAUUACGUGCAAGAUGUGAAGUGCCAAUAAGGACUUUUAUGCAAAUUUUAGUUGAAGGGGGUGUGGGGAGGGUUCAAGCAGACAACCGUUAGCUUGCUAGCCUGGUUUCUUACUACACUAAUCUUCUGCUGGCUUUUUGGCAUUUUUGUUCUGCUGGCUGUAUUUGAAAAAUACAUGUAUUUGUAAGUUUCUCACAAUAGAUUGUCAUAAAAUGUUUACUACUUUAGUAUUGUUAUAUUGUAUACAAGUUUGAAAUUGAGAAUGUUUAACUUAUAUAAUCCCUCCGUUGUUUUAUACAUUCCGUCCCAAAAAUAUGUGUUCAGUUUUGUUAAAUCUCAAAAAAAAAAUAUGUCUUGGUAUAUUAAUACUGUAAUUUUUAUAUUGAAUUUUUACUUGCACUAUUUGUAAUGUACUGUUUUAAUAGCAUUUUAUGAAUUUUUGGGGAUUACAUGUAUUUUUUGUAUAUGUACAGAUUUUACGAAAGUUUACCGUAUGAGCCGUGCCAUGUGAAAAUCAACAUAGUGGCUUUGCGACCAGCAUGGAUCCAGACCAGCCUGCGCAUCCGCGCAGUCUGGUCAGGAUCCAUGCUGUUCGCUUUCAAAGCCUACUGCAAUUAGAGAAACUUGUUAGCGAACAGCACGGAUCCUGACCAGACUGCGCAGAUGCGCAGGCUGGUCUGGAUCCAUGCUGGUCGCAAAGCCACUAUGUUGGUUUUCUCAUGUCACAGCUCAUUAUAAUUGUAUAUUUGUGAACUGGUAUGUUUUUAGGUCAGGCCUGAAUUUUUCAGGAUUGGACCAGAUUUCAACCUGUUGGCUGCCAGAAAUUCCUUUCAUAGGUUUAUUGAAAAAGGACAUUUCAGGCUCUAGAAUGUAGAUUUUUAGGCUUUUGAACAUUGACUGAUCCCAUGCCGUACAGAUGUUUAUUUGGCGAGAUAGUUGUUUAUAAAAGGGAUGCGGAAAUGAAUUCCUUUUGUUGGUCUUUUUUUAAUGCCUACACUGUAGAAAUUGUCUUCCGAUUCUGGAAAAGAAAUGAGGAGUUACAUUACUCUCCACAAAUGAAUGGAAUCUUUCUGAUGGGUAGGAUAUAUUUGUACACCAUAUUUUGUUCAUUGGUUGUUGGUUAUACAAGUUUCUGUACUGAUUGUGUUUUGUAGAAGGAAUAGAUAAACAACAUUUCCACAUUUUGUUUCAUGAUUGAAGAGCUAGAGCCAUAAGAACUUCUUUUUUUUUAUCAAAUCAUACAGUUAAGAAAUAGUAAUGAAAGUUAAGCAGUGUUAUCUAUUCAUUGACCCUUUGAAAUUCUUAAGGUGUCAAGAAUGAUAAAAAAAAUUCUGUGUCUUCAUAUAUAGAAUAGAAGCCAUGAAGUGACACCUUUUAGAUGAAGAAAUGAAAAGGAGAGAGCAUAGUAACCAAAUACAGUUCUAUAACACAGUGCUCUUUAGGCCAGGCUUCGUUAAUUUCUUCAGGUGUUACACCCUUCAUGAUUAACUACAAUAUAUUUAGAAAAAUUUGAAAAUGUUGGGUAAAUGAUUUACAGGAAGUUUAUGCAAUUUAUGAAGUUCAUCGCUAAUUGUAAAUUGUUGUUAUGGAACUUUAUUUACUAAGAACUUUAAUUCACGUGGAAAGAAGGGAUCCUAAAUGUGGAGAUGUUAGGUAUUUUGAGGUGUACCUAACAUGAGGUUGUUGCUUAUUGUUCAUUGUAGAAGAGAUAAGUUCUAUUCAGAAGUGUUGUAAACAACAGGUCAUAUUUAAUUAGUACAUUUUAGAGAGAUGUGUGCUCUUGAGAGGUGUCAUUGAGACGUUUUGUAACGUUCAUUGAAAUUUUAUGUGCAGCGGGAUUGUUAACAAGAGGUUAUUUUGUUUUGUUCACUGUAGAGAGAUAUGCACUCGGCGGGCGUUGUUAAGAAGAGGCUAUUUUACAUCAUUCAUUGAAAUGCUUGAAAGCUUAAGAGUCAUGUUGUCAAUAAAACUAGAAAGAUCAACAUUUCUUGUAAUAAGGAUUUUUGAUAAAGGGCUAUAAGAUAGUAUAUAUGUCAGAGGUAAUUGUAACAAGAAGGGGUUAAUAUUUACAGAUGUAUCAUUAGAAUGUGUUUGGUUCUGUUAAAUUGUGAAGAGAAAAGUUAACUUGUAUCAUUAUGAAAAAAGAUUGUUCAGCGUUUGCCAAAGAUGUUAUCUUUGUUUACCUUUACCCUGCUGACGGCAAGUGAUUCUGUCAUUUCUGCAGGCUGAUAUUAAAUUGCACUGUUCGCUACUCAGUCAGUAAAUUUCCAGUGAACACCCCUUGGAAUAAUUAACGGUACUGUCCAAAUUGAAUGAUAGACCAGUCAAUUUUAAAAAUUUAGCAGGGUAAAGGUUAAUUGUGUUAUAUUUUCUGUUAUGUUUGAAUGGUACCAGUAGCUCCCUUGCUUGUUGCUCAGCAUUAAAAGGGGAACGGGUUUCUCUUCUCUCAUACCCUCAUGGUGAUGGAUUUUAUCCGGAAUGACGUGUUGAGAGUGAUUAAUAUUAGUGUAGAACUUGAUUCACAAUUAACAUAAAAUAAAUUAGUGUAAACUAACAUUCCUCACUAAUGAUCGGGUAUUAAGAUUGUUAAAAUAUUUUACAUGUGCCUAUGUCUAGAAAAAAAAAAAUGCCAUUGCUUAUUGGGUCACACGUUUUUUUCUAGUUAUAUUGUUUAAGCAUAAAAAACACUGUUUUUUUCUGAUUACCCAACUGGUCUAGUUUUUAUGCUGCCAACCCAGAAUGUUUUAAUCUGAUUUGUUUUGUAACAUUACGGGAGAUCCAUUUUGUUAAUUUUUUAUUACCGGUAUAUAUUUUUUUUUGCUGUUGCAGGGACAAUACUUUAGAUCUUUUAGUGCCAUGUUUGGGAACAAACAUUUUUAGACCUUAGUAUUAGAUAGAAAAUUUGUAAAUGAGCCGUUCCAUGAGAAAACCAACAUAGUGGCUUUGCGACCAGCAUGGAUCCAGACCAGCCUGCGCAUCCGCACAGUCUGGUCAGGAUCCAUGCUGUUCGCUAACAGUUUUGUCUAAUUGCAAUAGGCUUUGAAAGCGAACAGCAUGGAUCCUGACCAGACUGCGCGGAUGCGCAGGCUGGUCUGGAUCCAUGCUGGUCGCAAACGCACUAUGUUGGUUUUCUCAUGGCGUGGCUCAAAUGUAGAAAUUAUGGGUGGAGAUAUUUAAUACACUGUUAAAAUAACUUAUUUCCCUUGUUAAAAAUUUGUUCAUUGUUGAAAUAAUUUAAGUUUUUGUGUGUUUGUGUAAAUUGUUUAAACUAAUCUUGAAAAUAAUUCUUCAAAAGGACUCGACUGACUGUAGAGAAAUGUUCACAGUUGAGUAGAUAGAAUGUUUGCUACACUCGUUAUUUCCCUUUGUAGAAAACAAGUCAUUGUGUAAAUUUUAUAGUAGGGCUUCCUUAGAUUAGAAGAUAUAGCUUUGAUCUAUGGAUUAUGGGGUCAGGAGUUUGAUCAUUGAUGAGGCAAGUGUUCUGUAUGAUUUUUAUAGAAGGCAUCGUGUCUGAAAUCGUUUGUCUUCCAUCUACAAUUCAUUUGAAGAUAUUUUGGCAAUUACUUUUGGAGAACAGGCCAUUACUAGUACAAAAUAUAGGACCACUGGUUAGGAUAAGUGCACACUGAAACAUUGGAAAAUGGUGCGAAAACCUAAAACCAUCUACAGUAGAGCUGCCGGGUACACUUACUGGCUACAACUAACAAAAUUAUCUGUAUUUUCAAUAGAAAAUGAGUAUGCUUAUUAUAUUUACAUAAUCUUGCAGAAGAUUUUCCAUUUUUGUAAUUUGAGUAAUUUUGACCAGGAAUAAAAUUAAUAUCUCAUUUUAAAGAUUUGAAUUUCAUAUUUAUGAGUUUCAGAUAUAUGCAGGUUCAGCUUAUCUUUAAAAUUCUGUAACAAUUGUUAACUUACAUUUUAAGGCUAUAGCAUGCCUUUAAAUAUUUUGAAUAUAAUAAGGUUCAUCAAUAUUUAGUUUUACUGCCAGCCUUUCUGGAAGAUGAAAUUUGAAUGUAUCAGAAUUAGACAAAAUAUUAUAUUUGACUGUAAAAGAUACAUCAAAAUAUCUCCAGUGUCUAUAACACCUAUUCAUUAAUUCAGUUACAUAUCUGUUUCAUAGAUUUUAAAAUUAACAUUAUACUAUUCAGGGUGGACUAUCUUUCAUGGAUGUGACAACCUGCAAAGUUAAAUCUAAACAGAUAAUUUUCAUAUAAUUUUAGAUAUAAAGUAUGGAAAUAGUACACACUAUUAUUGUGUAUUACAAUUUUAAGUAUGUGUUUAAUACAGCAGCAAUUUUUUUCUGUCACUUUGGGAAAAGGUCGAGUACCGGCUGAAUUGGGAAGAAUCGUGGCAUAGGCCAGUAUUUAUUAUAAGAUUGCAAGCAAGCAAUUAUUAAUAUCUGCAAAGUUAAAAUUUCUUUUGCAUGUACAAGUUAGUUAAAUACCAAACCACUAGACAAUUUGACCAGUUUUCUUUGCCUUUUUGGUAAUUUUUGCUUGGAAAUUGGGAAAAAAAUGUCAUUUUUUGAAUUGAAAAAAGGUCCUUUUAAGAAGGAAACAAGUGCUGUACAGUCCAAUCAUUUAAUUUUUUGUGGGGUAUGAAACUUCUUGAUUUUGGCCAAAGUUGCUUUUUCAUUGGAGUACAUGUGGAAUUUACAUCUUGAACAUAAAAUGAAUGGGAAUUUUGCUUGUUUGGAUUUUAACUUUGUGGGUGGAGUCAACCACGGAAUCCAUGAAAAUUAAUUCCUCUAUGAAUAUUAAUGAUUUCAGUAUUAACUAAGUACAUGUAGUGUGUGACUCAAACUAAAUAUGCUGAUGAUGCAGUAUGUAAAUUCAUGUACAGAAUGGUUUGAAAUUGUUAAGUAAUACCAAUAUACCAUGACUAACCUUUAUCAUAGAUUUAUUUUGCUGUGUAGUUUAACCACUGGUUGGCAGUUGAAAUCCAUGGAAUAAAAUUUGAAGUACAGAUCUUUUGUGAAACAUUCCGUACAAAGUACAAAAUAAAAUAUAUUUUGCAAAUA